UGCCUGAUUUUGUUCCAUUAUUUCAUUUAAUUGCCUAUCGUGUGGGUUUUGUACAAAAGUAAUCCAAAUUAAAAGACAAUGUUUGGUGGAGGGCGAGCCCCAAUUUUAGUGUUAAGUCAAAACACCAAACGAGAAUCGGGCCGAAAAGUUCAGCUGGAGAACAUAAAUGCCGGAAAGCAAAUUGCUGAUGUAAUUAGAACAUGCUUGGGGCCGCAGGCCAUGUUAAAAAUGUUGAUGGAUCCUAUGGGAGGAAUCGUUAUGACUAACGAUGGCAAUGCUAUACUACGUGAGAUCACAGUUCAGCAUCCUGCAGCUAAAAGUAUGAUUGAAAUUGCUAGAACUCAAGAUGAAGAGGUUGGCGAUGGAACUACUUCUGUAAUUGUAUUAGCAGGCGAGAUGUUGGCUGCUGCAGAACAGUUUUUGGAGCAACAAAUGCACCCGACCGUUAUUAUACGUCAGUACAGGCAAGCCCUGGAAGACAUGGUACAGUACUUAGAGGGCCCUUUAAGUGUACCAGUCGAGAGGAGCGAUAAGGCUGCAUUAGCCCAAGUAGUAAAAGGGUGUGUAGGAACAAAGUUCCUUAGCAAAUGGUCAGACUUAGCCGUUAAUAUCGCCCUAGAUGCAGUAAGUACUGUACUUCUAGAGGAAAACGGUAGGACAGAGGUGGAUAUAAAAAGAUAUGCCAAAGUUGAAAAGAUUCCGGGUGGGUCGGUAGAGGAAUCCCAGAUUUUGAAAGGCGUUAUGGUUAAUAAAGACGUUACACAUCCUAAAAUGAGGCGUUAUAUUCAGAAUCCAAGGAUAAUUCUUUUGGAUUGUGCAUUGGAAUAUAAGAAAGGCGAAUCUCAAACAAAUGUGGAAAUUACAGGAAACGCAGACUUUACUAGAAUGCUGGAGAUUGAAGAGGAACACGUGAAGCGCCAGUGCGAAGAAAUAAUCGCCCUGAAGCCUGACGUGGUAUUCACCGAAAAGGGAGUUUCCGAUUUGGCGCAACACUUCCUACUCAAGGCCGGCAUCAGCGCCGUACGUCGAGUCCGUAAAUCCGACAACAACAGGAUCGCCCGCGCCUGUGGCGCCACUAUCGUUAACAGGACAGAAGAAUUGCAGGAAUCCGACGUCGGGACAGGAGCCGGCCUCUUCGAGAUCAAAAAAUUCGGCGACGAAUACUUCUGCUACAUCACGGAAUGCAAAAAUCCCAAAGCAUGUACGAUCCUGUUGCGAGGCGCGAGCAAAGAUAUCUUAAACGAAAUCGAGAGAAAUCUUCAGGAUGCCCUGCAGGUGGCGAGGAAUAUCGUGCUUUCUCCCCGUCUCGUUCCCGGAGGGGGAGCCAUUGAAAUGGCUGUGGCGCAGCGAUUGCUACAAAAAGCCACUCACGGGCCUUAUAAGGCGUUGGCGCAUGCUUUAGAAAUAAUUCCGAGAACGUUGGCCCAAAACUGCGGCGCCAACACCAUAAAGACCCUAACAGCGUUAAGGGCUAAGCACGCGAACCAUUCCGAUCCCAACGUGCCCUGCGCUUGGGGAAUCGACGGAGAAACGGGCCAGUUGGUGGAGCAAGACAAGAAAGGGCUGUGGGAGCCCCUGGCGGUAAAACUGCAGACGUAUAAAACUGCGGUUGAAACGGCAAUUUUGUUGCUUCGCAUCGACGACAUCGUGUCCGGAUCUAAAAAGAAGGGCGACAAAGAAACGCCUACCCCGAGCCAGAUGCAGCAACAGGAGGCCCAGGGGAUGGAAUGAGCACCUGGAUAAUUUUUUGUAUGCUAAUUUAUUAAUAAUAGCUUUCUAAUCGUUGUAUUAAUUAUUGUCACUACUACAUUUUGCAGUAACGUAAAUUUCAACAGUUUUGAUUACA